CGUAUCGGUGGCUGGGAGGGAGAGAGGAGAGAGAAUCUCUUAUCACGAGAAGACAGGAAUAUUUACAUCCGAUCAUUAUCUCCCUUUUUCUAUGGCUCUCUCUCUCUCUCUCUCUCUCUUUCCGUUUCGAAACGGAAUAGCCUAUUUAUCUGUCUCUUCGCUAUCGAUCAUCUCAGAAAUAGAACAGAAUAUUAAAAACAGAAGAGAAGAGUAAAACGAAGGGAGAGACUAAUGGAAGAAUAAAAAGCAAAGGAGAAGAGAGGAGGAAGACCUCUCAUCUCAUUCGUCUGUUCUAGCAGGAAGAAGGAAUUUAGGCUACCUCUCCUCUGCACUUGAUAAUCUCUCUCUCUCUCUCUCUCUCUCUCUCUCUCUCUCUCUCUCUCUCUCUCUCUCUCUCUCUCUCUCUCUCUCUCUCUCUCUAUGGUCAUGGCUGUGCAGGGGACCAGCCUGCUAGAGAACCCAGUUCAGGCGGUUCUGUACCUUAGAGAACUGACCACUAUAGUUCAGAACCAGCAGAGCCUCAUCCAGACACAGCGCCUACGCAUUGACGAACUGGACCGACGCGUGGAUGAGCUGCUUGGGGAGAACAGGAAUCUGCGCGAAGCAAGAGGUGUACAACCUCACCAUCAUCACCCGGACCGCAACCUGAGCCUUCAUCAUCAUCAUCCUCAGCACCAACAUCCAUACCCACAAGACACCGGUUCUCAGCCCGUCCAGCCCCACGCCCAGCCCCUGCCUGAGGUCCAUCCUGCUGAGCCAGGAAAGUCCUCUCCUCAGCCCGCCAAUCCGGAGGACAUGCAGCUGGUACCGUCCCAACCCCAGCCACAGUCACCGAGCCCUCAGCCAGGCGAGGCUAUCCCGGGCGAGGGGGAGGGCAGCAGGACCAGCACGGGCUGCCGCACACUGGUUCCCCUGGUUCCCCUAGCUCCACUCACUCCUACCACUCUCUGUCGCUCGUUGGCUCUCGCCAGGCAAUCAGAGAGUCAGACAAUACUACAUCAGUUCUGUUGUCCUGCCCCAGAGGCACCAGAGGCUGCUCCCACUGGCUCCUCCAGUGAUGGGCAGCUGCUGAGUCUGGAGGGCGGGACUUCCUCCAGUGGACAGGAAGGAGAGGGGUCAGGGGGUGUGGCUCGUAGAGAAGGACCCAGCGACUAUGAACUUGCCCUGGAGAACAAGACCAAACAGAUAGAGGAGUUGGAGCUGAGGUACGGUGGUCACCUGGUGUCGCGUCGCGCUGCGUGUCGUAUUCAGACGGCGUUCCGUCAGUACCAGCUCAGUAAGAACUUCCAGAAGAUCCGGAACUCUCUGUCAGAGAGCAAGUUGCCACGCCGCAUCUCCCUGCGCCGGCCCAACCCCAGCCGGGGCCAGAACCCCACCCAGCGACACAGCUUCCUGUUAGAGGCUGGGGGCCCACCAUUGCUCCCCAAAACACCCCCACCACCCCCCUCACGCUCCACCUCCCUGCCCCCCUCAGCCUCCCCUGCCCCGGGCCCUGGCCCCUCGCUCACACAGCUGGAGGACUGCUUCUCAGAGCAGGUGCGCUCGCUGGCCCAUUCGAUAGACGAGGCCCUGCGUGGGUGGAGCCUGUCCGAGGGGGUUGAGGGGGGGACAGGGGGGCUGCUGAUGGACCCCGGAGCGUUUCGGGCGGCUGCUCAGAGUGCCUGCAUGCCUCGCAGCGCCAGCUCCCUGCUCAUGGCCUUCAGAGAUGUCACCGUUCACAUCGACACCAACAACUACACUGUCUCCACGACUACCACCUCCACUACCACCGCUACCCACGGCAACACAGGAGCAGGGGGGGGAGGAAGCAGGCAAGCCUCAAUGGACAGGGAAGGGGGAGAGGGGGGAGGAGGGGUAGGGAGACAAACAACAACCUCCCAGCUGGGGGGUAAGAAAGAGUUCCCUGCCCCCCCUCCCAGUGAGGAAUUGUUGAAGGGAGGAGGGUCGAGGAUGGAGUCAACUGUGACAGGGCAGGGGAGAGAGUUCGGGGGGCAGAGUGGCUCAGAGAGACUCAGUUCCACCUCUACCUCCACCUCGGCCCAGUCUAACCAGUUUACUACUCAGUCCUCCUAUCCCCAGUACUCCACAUACCCCCAGGCACAUCACCCCCAGUCCCAGCCAGGGUCCCAGUCAGCCAGGGACCACACCACUGAGGCCCUCCAGGCCCUGGUCCUCUCUCUGCCCAGAGACCGAUGCCAGGACCCUGCCUCCUGCCGAUCCCCCACACUCUCCACUGACACACACCGCAAACGACUCUACCGCAUCGGACUCAACCUCUUCAACGUGAACCCAGAAAGAGGCAUCCACUUCCUUAUCACGCGUGGUUUCGUCCCAGACACGCCCAUGGGUGUGGCCCACUUCCUGUUACAGAGGAAGGGCCUGAGCCGACAGAUGAUUGGAGAGUUCCUGGGGAACAGCAAGCUGCUCUUCAACCGAGACGUCCUGGACUGUGUGGUCGAUGAGAUGGACUUCUCUGGGAUGGAGCUGGACGAGGCUCUGAGGAAGUUCCAGGCUCACAUCAGAGUCCAGGGAGAGGCCCAGAAGGUGGAGAGACUCAUUGAAGCUUUCAGUCAGAGGUAUUGUAUGUGUAAUCCCGAGGUGGUGCAGCAGUUCCAUAACCCAGACACCAUCUUCAUCCUGGCCUUUGCUGUGGUCCUCCUCAACACUGACAUGUACUCCCCUAACAUCAAACCUCAACGCAAGAUGGGCCUCGACGACUUCAUACGCAACUUACGAGGAGUGGACGACGGAGCAGACAUCCCCAGGGAGAUGGUGGCAGGGAUAUAUGAGAGGACCCAGCAGAGAGAGCUACGCUCCAACGAAGACCACGUCACCUACGUCAGCCGUGUGGAACAGUCCAUACUGGGCAUGAAGACUAUCCUGUCUGUGCCCCACCGUAGGCUGGUGUGCUGCUGUCGUCUGUUCGAGGUGGCAGACUUCAACAAACCUCUGAAACAGAAACUGGCCAACACCCAGAGAGAGGUGUUCCUGUUCAACGACCUCAUACUGAUCCUGAAGUUGUGUCCCAAGAAGAAGACUUCUGCCUCCUACACCUUCUGCAAAGCCAUGGGUCUACUGGGCAUGCAGUUCCACCUCUUCAGCAACGAAUACUAUGCUCAUGGCAUCACCAUGUUGAGUCCGUUCUCGUCAGAGAAGAAGCAGGUGGUGAGUUUCUGUUCCCCCAGUGGAGAGGAGCUCAGGAAGUUCACAGAGGAGCUACGAGAGUCUAUCACUGAGGUCAAUGAGAUGGAACAGAUACACAUCCAAUGGGAGCUGGAGAGAGAACAGGGGGUGCAGACUCAUACCCCCCACACCAACGGAGGACAGAUGGGCACACUCAGUCGACACACAGGAUCCCCCACAGCCCAGCAAGAUCUGUAUGACAAGACUGGCAACAACACUGUGGAGGUGUCAAUUCACAAUAGGCUGCUGCAGACCUACCACAUGACCCAGCCCAGCCCUGAUAGGCUGCUCCAGACCUACCAUGUGGCCAGUCCCGACUCCACCCAACUGGCUCUGGCAGAACCCCUGGCAAUGCUUAGCCCCACCCACCCUGGAGAACUCCGCCCAGACACCCUCAUUCAAUGCCAGCAGAUCGUCAAGGUGAUUGUCAUGGACCAGAGCGGCCAGGGGCGAAUGGAAGCCUUCCUCAGCCAAGGAAGCCCCGCCUCCCACCACCGCCUCAUCCAAUCAGCGAUGUCCACACCAGUACGGAUCAGAGAGGGAUCUGAGCCCCCUCUGCCUCCUCCUCCUCCCCCCUACAACCACCCCCACCAGUACUGUCCCCCCGACUCCCCCUGCCCCCUUCCACACACCCUUCCUCACCCCCUACGUAGACGCAACUCUAGUGGUUCCCGCAGCCUCGUCUGACACAUGGCCCCUGAUCCUACCACACCUAAUCCUGCAUCCUCUGACCUUUUGUUAAACAAUGAUGUGUGGGAGAAACACACACAACACAAACACUCAUAUACGAAGAUAGAGAGAGAAAGGGUGAGACGAGGAAGGGAGGAAGAGAAAGAGGGAGGUAAGGAAGUCAGCUGAGAGAGAGGGAAUAAGCCGAUAUAUAGAGUGGGAGAAAAUGGAGAGGAUUCAAAUCAAUAUAAAUUCAAAGUCAUCUAAUGAUGUAAUGUGUAUUUUUGAAUAUGAUGUAGUUUUGACAACAUUUCUAAAGAUAGAUUUUCUAAUCUGACAGCUCUUGUCACAGUGUCAUCUGUACAUAUCUAUAUCUGUACCUGGCUUUAGGAAGAACGCUCUAGGAUGCCCCUCCCACCCCCUAAUCCCUGACUCUAACCCUGCCCUGAUAUCACACAGCUGAGGCAACAAAAGGAACUCCUCUCAGUGAAUGGAACUGUCUGGAGCUGUCUGGACAUAGAAACAUGUCAUCUCUAUCCUCCUUGGCACUCUGUGUUUUGUGUUAUAAGAUGAUAAUGAGAUGUUAAUAAUACUUUUGAUCCUGAAUAAGUGAGUAUGUCAGAGCAGCAGGGAGUGAAGACAGUUUCUCCUGAGUCCUGGUUUACAAAUUAUUACAAUCUGUAUCUCUGUUCAUAAUGUCUGACUGGGAGUGUGUGGGAGUGUGUGUGCAUGUGAAAGUAUGAGGGUGUGCCAGUGUGUGAGUGUGAAAGGGGGUGUGUGUGUGCUUGUUUGCAGGCAUGUGCAAAUACCAUUGUUAUAGUCUCUGAGGUUUUGUUACAUGGGUCCAAGCCUCACACUCAGGGAAACACCAGUACUGAUGACAAUCUUAUUUGAUCAGCUACUAUUGUCAACUUUCAAUCUUAUUGGUUAAUAAUGUUCUAAUAUUCAUAUGAUUAGUUCAUAAAAACAUUAACGUUUAAUCGUAUUAAUUGAUCAUGUUCUAACAUUCUAUCUUAUUAGUCCUGUUGAAUAUUCAGUCUCACGUUGUGAAUCCCUAUUAUCCAUUCUCACAUGAUUAACCUGUUCUACUCUUCACUGGACUGCAUGUCACACAGGGAUGUAAAUUAUAUACACAAUCAGUACACGCACGCACGCACGCACGCGCACACACACACACACACACACACACACACACACACACACACACACACACACACACACACACACACACACACACACACACAGAGCAUUAAACCAGAGAAUGACUUAAGAUAUUUAUCAGAAUAUUGAAUAUGUUUCAUUAUUAUUACUGAUUGUUGUAACAUUCUUCCUUCCCCUCUCUCUGAGGGCUGUGACACGUGGUGACCCACUGAGGCUGUCCUCUAAGUGUUGCACCAUAUUUUUGGAGUAUAUCAGAAUACUGGAUAUGUGUAUAUAGGUGAUAUAUAGAUUUAAUAUAGAAAUAAUGGAUGCAGUGCUGAUGUGUGUAUUUAUGUAUUUGUACAGAGGGGAGGACAUUGUAUUUAGCUUGGAAGAGAAAACAAAUCUAUUUGUUUUUCAGACUAUAGGGGCAACAGAACCCCACUGUUACCUUUGGAGACAGAACAGGCAGUCCAGUUACCAUGGAAACACGCACAGAGAUGACACAUCUACAUGAUGACUUCACUACAUUAUCAUAGUUAGAGUUAUACUGUAGCUUUGAUCGCGCUAGCGUUAGCAUUAGAUGGUUUAGUGGAAAACAAGCAGGAAUCAUAGUAGACAUUUUAGCAUGUUCUAAAGUCCUAACAUAUUAUCGCCCUAGCCCUAGUCUGGCUCACCUGUCCUUCUUGGAGAUGUGUCCAUCUUGGAGAUGUGUUACACUGUUGAUGAGAGCACCUGUGCACCGACACAUUUAUAAAAUAUUUACUAAGAGAAUAUCAUGUUUAUAACAAUUACACUGUUUACUAAUGGAAUAUUUCUAAAGAUUUCUGUUUGAAAUUAAUUAAA